AUGUCUGUCCGCGGAACCCCCAGCGCCAGCGUGCCGGCCAGCCAGAAUACAGCCCCGGUGAUCAAAUUUCGUUGUCUAUUCACCCACGAUGUCCGUCGCAAGGCCAAGCGCUGGCAGGAUGGCUACCUCAAGUUCCACACCUUCAAUAAGCGCGCCAUGGUCUAUGACGAUACUGGCAACUUUAUAGGCGAUCAUCACUGGCGCGACAGCAACGACAUCCAGGAUGGCGAUGAAUUGGAGCUGGACAAGGGUGUUCUCAUCCAGGUGAGCGAGUGCAUGGAAACCACCCAGGCCGAUCUGUCCGCCCUGUUCGAAAAGCGAAAGGCCAGCCAGGGGUCUCCCCAGCAAGAGAAAUCGUCGGCGCCGCCGCCGCCUUCCUCACGCACUCCACUGCCCCCGCGGACAGGGCCGCCCAAGUCUCUCAACGAUCUCUUGGGCAUCAAACGACCGACUACCGGCCGUGCCGUUCCUCUUCAAUCGCCUUAUGAGCAACGCCAUUCGUCGCCGGCAAGACCAGAAAUCAACAAGCAAGACGGGCCCCCGGCAAAGCGACAGAGACAACAGCCCAGCACCGGACCCUCGCAACGAGAAAGCGUUCGGAAAGAAAUUCAAAUAUCGUCUGAAAUAAUCGAGUUGGAAGAUCCAACCCCACAAGCACAGCAGGCGAGGCCGAUGCCAAGCAAGCCUUCGGUGACGAGUAGGUCAAAAGAUGUAAACAGACAUCAGAAGAAGUCCAAUGUCUCGAAAGCUGCCAUCCCCGAGCCAGCUUCGAACUGUCCAACUAUUGAUCAGCAGAAGCAAUCACAUGCCCCGGGAAAAGCAGUGCGUUCGGUGGCUGCAGCACAUGAUGGCCCACACCCGGAGCAUGACGAACUUCCUUCAAGAGCUUCUGUAUCCACAAACACGAAUCAAGUAUCUCAUGAAAGGGGGGAGCCUGACGUCCGCAGGCCCAAUACCCCGAUCAAUCCUCUACGCAUGUCUAUUCAAGAACCUCGUCAAAAGCUCAUGUAUAGAGCACGUCCGCCGAAAGCCGCGAGCAGUUCCACCACAGAAACUGUACAGGCGAGCUCCAAUCAAUUUAUUGAUGGGUCACUUUCCGCGCAGCUCAAUCCUGCCUUUGACAUCUCGGCUUCGACCCUUGCAGUCCUCGAAGAUAUAGACGACAAUGGUUCUUUGAGGGACGUGAGGGACACACGUCUCUUGAGGGGAGAUAAUACCCUUCCUAAAGAAUCAACAUCACAAUCACUUCGAAGAACUGCACUUUAUAAUAUUCCUUCCCACUCAACAAUUCACGGUUCUGCUGCUUCCCCUGGUGGCAUAUAUGUAUCAAGCGAUGAUAGCCCCUCACUUCCGAGAGCGAAUAUUGAACCCAGUGAUGAGAGCGCUCAUGCGGAAAAGCAUACACUAAUGCGAAGCCAUUCCGAUCUAUCUUCUAUGCUUCCUGAUUCUCAUCCGGCAGUAUCGGCUCCUGAUACCCGUAUUCCGGAGCUUGUGGGAGACGCGAAUCCCGCGCCUCCUGCCAGGCGAAACGAACCCAAACUGUUCCGAAAAUCCCACUCUGAUACAACCGCUCUGCGUAAUGCGGACUAUCACCGUCAUGGGCCAUCUUUACCCGUUGCCACCAGUCGACCGGCGAGAAUGGAGCCGAUCCAUGAAACCGACAAAGGUCCAUGGACGGCUGAAGCUUGGGAUUUCUUUGACUGGUGGCCACCGGGACGCCCGAAGCCUUGUUGA